UUACUUCAAUCCCAUCUAACAAUGUCUUCUUCUUCCGUAAGAACCUCUCUCUCUUUCCUUUUCUUGGCUCUGCUAAUCUCACCGUCUGUCUCACAAACAUGUAAGUCACAGACGUUUUCCGGCGACAAAACAUACCCUCACUGCCUUGACCUCCCUCAACUCAAAGCCUUCCUUCACUAUUCCUACGACGCAGCCAACACAACUCUCGCCGUUGUCUUCUCUGCUCCACCGGCCAAGCCUGGUGGAUGGAUCGCUUGGGCGAUAAAUCCGACAGGGACAGGUAUGGUUGGGGCUCAAACCCUUGUCGCUUACAAGGAUCCAGGUAACGGUGUUGCCGUGGUGAAGACGUUAAACAUUAGCUCUUAUAGCUCGCUUGUUCCUUCGAAGCUUUCGUUUGAUGUUUGGGAUAUGAAAGCCGAGGAAGCUGCGAAGGAUGGUACGUUGAGGAUCUUUGCUAGGGUUAAGGUUCCGGCUGAUUUGGUGGCAAAGGGAAAAGUGAAUCAGGUUUGGCAAGUUGGUCCUGCGUUAGGUCCUGGUGGAAUGAUUGGGAAGCACGCUUUCGAUGCACCUAAUCUUGCUUCUAUGAGCGUUCUUGAUUUAAAAGGUGAUAAUAGCGGCAGCACAACAAGCUCUGUGGGCGGCGAGGUCAAUGCCAAGAUCAAGAAGAGAAAUAUUCAUGGGAUAUUAAACGCGGUGAGCUGGGGGAUUUUGUUUCCUUUAGGAGCAAUAAUUGCUAGGUAUAUGAGAAUAUUUGAAUCCGCAGAUCCGGCUUGGUUUUACCUUCAUGUGUCUUGUCAGUUCUCGGCUUAUGUCAUUGGUGUUGCCGGUUGGGGUACCGGACUCAAGCUCGGCAGCGAGUCCGAGGGUAUUAGCUACACCAGCCAUCGUAACAUUGGCAUUGCCCUCUUCACCCUUGCCACUAUUCAGAUGUUUGCGAUGUUGUUAAGGCCAAAGAAAGAUCACAAGUACAGAUUCUAUUGGAACAUCUACCAUCAUGGAGUCGGCUAUGCGAUACUCAUCCUUGGGAUCAUUAAUGUUUUCAAAGGGCUCAACAUCUUGAAACCACAAGACACGUACAAGACUGCUUACAUUGCAGUGAUAGCCAUUCUUGGUGGCAUUGCUUUGCUCUUGGAAGCAGUUACUUGGGUCAUUGUACUCAAGAGAAAAUCAAACAACUCAAUGAAGACAUGAGCCAAUAAAGAUUCUGGUCAACUUAUUAAAAGGUUCAUUUGUGGUGGUUGUUACUAAAAUUUGUUAUGAACCUUUGUAUUAGCAGUGUAUAGAUAUAUUAUUUUGUUCUCUUGUUUUGUAGCUCUUUGGUUUUGUUUCUUGAGUUUAUUUCUUGGUUAUGGAUGAUUAUAGGGGAUUAAUAUAUUAUAAUAGUUCUUUAGUCUACUUUGAA